UAAAUCCAUUGGACAGACGAAACUUCAGAUUAUUACAGGUCUUGAAUACUUGCAUACUGGCUGCAAUCCUAGUAUCAUUCACAGGGAUGUGAAAUCAAGCAAUAUUCUCCUGGACAUUAACAUGAGAGCUAAAGUGUCUGACUUUGGACUCUCGAGACAGACAGAGGAAGACUUGACUCACGUAUCCAGUGUCGCAAAAGGGACCGUUGGGUACCUUGAUCCAGAGUAUUAUGCUAGUCAGCAGCUGACUGAGAAGAGCGACGUCUACAGUUUUGGCGUUGUUCUCUUUGAAUUACUCUCUGGAAAGAAAACCAGUCUCAGUGGAAGAUUUUGGUCCUGAAAUGAAUAUUGUCCACUGGGCAAGAUCACUGAUCCGUAAAGGAGACGUAUGUGGGAUCAUAGAUCCAUGUAUAGCAGGCAAUGUGAAAAUUGAGUCAAUUUGGAGAGUUGCUGAGGUCGCAAACCAAUGCGUUGAGAAACGUGGACAUAGCAGGCCUAGGAUGCAGGAAGUGAUAGUGGCGAUACAAGACGCUGUCAGGAUCGAGAGAGGAAACGAGAAUGGGUUAAAGUCAUCGAGUUCAAGCAGCUCAAAGGCGCAAUCAUCUCGUAAGACCUUGCUGACUAGCUUCCUCGAGAUAGAGAGCCCUGACAUCUCAAGAAAUAGCCUAGCUCCAGCUGCUAGGUGAGUCCUCUUGAAGCUCCAACGCUCAUGUUUAUACACUUUGGACUUCUACCAUCGUCAGUUCGUCACAUAAAUGAAUACAUCAUAUACGUAUUAGUUUUGUCUGUAUGUAAUGCAGUGUACUUUCUACACACUUCUGACAUUACACUGUAGAUGAUGUUAGUUGACCAAAAAGAAAAAAGAUUGAUGAUUCAUUAGA